AUGAUGCAUCAUGUUGUACAGCUGGUGCUACUGUUCUUACAAGGUGCCCUUGGAGAGAUGGCUGCUCAAAAACUGCCUCUGGGUUUUAAAUAUGCAUCGUAUGAGGUGACCAUUCCAAGGAGACUUACGCCCAAGUACGGACAAGAAGAAAAUUGGGAUGUCAACUACCUACUGCAAAUUGAGGGGAAGGCUCAUAUAGUGCACCUCAUGCAGAAGAAGGGUUUUGUUCCUAAACAUUUCCCGGUCUUCAGCUACAGUAAGAAUGGGGACCUCCAGCUUGACUACCCUUUCAUCAGGGGUGACUGUUUCUACAAUGGUUUCUUACAGGGCAAACGUCACUCUUUGGUCACUCUGAGCAUGUGCUCGGGGGGGCUUAGGGGUCUCUUGCAAUUUGAAAAUAAGACCUAUGAAAUUGAACCUGUCCAGCCAUCUGCCACCUUUCAACAUGUGGUGUAUCAGCUGGAAAGAGAGGAAGGUGCAGUGGGCACGAUGUGUGGGGUAACAGAACAGGAGCAAAGCCGUCAAGGGGCCAUGAUCCAAACCAGAGGGAAUUUUGCAGCCAAAGUUUCCAAAGGAGAGUGGUGGACACACAGCAGGUAUGCAGAUAUUGCAAUUGUCGUGGAACAUCAGCGAUACCUCAUGUUUCACAAGAAUGAAACUUUGGUUGCCAUGCAUGCUCUAGAGAUUGUCCAUAUUGCAAAUACAUUCUAUAAACCACUUGGUGUUAUUGUGUCCCUAGUUGGGCUAGAAAUAUGGUCAGAAAAGAAUCUCAUAGAAGUUCCUAACAAAAUAAGUCCACUGCUUAACACUUUCAAUUCAUGGAGGACAAAAACACUAAAUAAAUAUCUGCCAAAUGAUGCCGGUCACUUAUUUGUACAUAGGAUCUUUGGACAGACAGCUGGAUUAGCAUACACCGGAACCAUUUGUAGUUCCCAGUGGGCAUCUGCUGUUGAAUCGUAUGUCAGAUUCAGUGUGUCCUUUUUUUCUGUUCUGUUUGCCCAUGAACUAGGGCAUAACCUUGGCAUGAACCAUGAUGGCAUCUACUGUCAGUGUGAAAGAGAAUCCUGCAUCAUGGCUGAAGCGCCAUCUGAAGUUGACAAGUUUAGUAAUUGCAGCUAUAAUGAUUAUUCUAAACUAAGGAACUCUAAUUGCUUGUUGGUUCAGUCAGACCCUGAAAAGAGAUUUAGGCUGAAAUACUGUGGCAAUAAAAUACUGGAAGCUGGAGAACAAUGUGACUGCGGUACCAAAAGUCAAUGUAAAUCGGAUCCAUGUUGCCAAUCGGAUUGUAAGUUGCGUCCAGGUGCUGUUUGUAAUAUUGGACUGUGCUGUGCCAUGUGUAAGUAUCGUUCAACUGGAAGUAUUUGCAGAAAGAAGACUGGCAACUGUGAUCUUCCUGAGUACUGCAACGGGACUUCACAGUGGUGUCCUGAAGAUGUUUAUGUACAAGAUGGUGCCCCAUGCAGUGACGGUGCGCACUGCUAUCACGGGAAGUGUGCCACUCUCAGUAGGCAAUGCAAAAUGAUCUUUGGCAAGGAAGCAACUGUUGCUUCAGAGAGUUGUUUCAGACUACUGAAUGCUCAAGGGGAUCGAUUUGGCAACUGUGGCAUUAGACGAGGACGUUAUGCUAAAUGUAAACAAAAGAAUAUAUUUUGCGGUCGCAUUCAGUGUGCUAGAGUGCAGGCAUUACCUUCUUUGACGGAAGAUAGCACCAUAAUUCAGACAAGCAUAGGUAAGCAGAAAUGCUGGGGUACUGACUAUCAUCUCGGAAUGGAAGGAGCUGAUGUUGGAGCAGUGAAUGAUGGUACUCCCUGUGGCACCCAAGGAAUGUGUAUUCAGGGGACAUGCAGAAACAUGUCCUUCUUGAAGUAUGAUUGCAGUCCCACAAAGUGCCACAAUCGGGGAAUGUGCAACUCCCGCAAACAUUGUCACUGCGACUAUGGCUGGGCACCUCCUGACUGUCUAAGUAAAGGCUUUGGUGGCAGCAUUGACAGUGGCCCGCCUCCACCAAAAAGGAUUGGUUUCCUUGCAGCAAUUAUUCUAGGAACAUUAUUUCUAAUGACUGCUUCUGUUUACCUGGCCAUACAUUACAGGACAGCACUCAGACAGCAGUUUAGAAGCAUAAGUUCAAGAAUCUAUCCAGCAGAAUCAGUUGAGGUUGGAAACCCGCAGUAG